AUGGCGAACCUCCCAAAACAUUGGAGGCGUCGAACCACGGUGGCAGCCGCAACGGCGCACAGCAAGGAUCGAGGGGCCGAACCAGCAGGCGAACAGGCAGGGAGGAUCUCAUCUACGGUUCUGUACGAUCCUGGCAACGCGGUGCCUGGCAAGGGCAGGAAAGAUUCUCUCCCGGAAGCGGGUCCUAGUAUCACAACCAUGGCGAAGUCCGCAUGGGGCUCCAAAUCAUGGGCAGACGAUGUCGAGGAGGGGGAGAAGGACCUUCCUCCUCCCGCCUUCCCAGAGCUCGCGCAGGCCGUAUCUAAGCCGUCCGAUGAGGCCUUUCCGACUCUCGGCCAGGCGGCAGCCAAGCCGCAGAAGAAGAAGAAGGAAAAGGUAACGCUCUCGCUGUCGGAGUUUACGACAGGCGCGUAUGUCGGUCCCGGAGCGCGAUCCAGGACUGCCAUAGUGGACGAAGUUAAGGGGCUCACGUUGCAGGAAAAGAUGGCUCUCCCUACGGGCCCUAGGGAGCGCAGCGAAGAGGAGGAAACCGGCGGAUUAGGCGGCGGGUUUCGCGGUUAUGGGGGUUUCCGCGGCGGCGACAGGGGAGGCGGUCGCGAAGGUCGCGAUGGCCGUCGCGAGGAUCGUGAACGGCCGCCGAGAGAGGACGACGGGCCGUCUCGGGCAGACGAAGUGGACAACUGGGCAACGACGAAAAAGUUUGUGCCGUCUGGUGACGGCGGCAGAUCUCGCGGCGGCCGGUACGAGGACGACGGCGGCCGUCCAGGACGUGACGGUCCGUCAAGGGCCGACGAAGUCGACAACUGGGGCGCGACGAAGAAAUUCCAGCCGUCUCAGUCCAUGGACGGCCGCGGGGAUCGCGGCGACCGCAUGGGCGGCCCGUCACGUGCCGACGAAACGAACAACUGGGGCGCGGCGAAGAAGUACGUCCCUUCCGCGUCCGUUGGCGGCGGCGUCAGCCGCGGAGGGUUCGGCGGGCGCGGAGGCGGCGGAGGAUUCGACGAUCGCGAAGGCGCACGUGCGGAUGAGGUGGAAAACUGGGGCGCGGCGAAGAAAUUCGUGCCGUCCGCUAGCCGGGACGGCAGGCGGGACGGUCCAAGGGACGGCCCGCGGGAAGGGCUUGAGGCGGACCGCUGGGGGAAGGCGCCCAGCGACGAGCGCCCGUCGGAGCGCCCGCGCUUGAAUCUCCAGCCGCGCAAGCCUGUUGCGGAGGGCGAGAGCGGAAGCGUGGGGAGCGCAGGGAGCGCGGAGGAUGCGAACAAGCCCAAGAAGCCGAACCCGUUCGGGGAGGCGCGCCCGCGCGAGCAGGUGCUGGCGGAGAAGGGCAUCCCCGUUGCGCCCGACUCCCCUUCCGCCAGGGGGGCAUCUGCGGAACCCGCGGCGGAGGUUAAGGCGUCUAAGCCGGCGGUGAACCCGUUCGGGGAGGCGAAGCCGCGGGAGGUUGCGCUUGAGGAGCGCGGAAUGGACUGGCGGAAGAUGGACCUGGAGCUGGAGCAUAAGGGCGUUGACAGGCCCGAGACGGAAGAAGAGAAGAAGCUUCGCGAGGAGGUGGACGCGCUUGCCGCGAAGCUUCAGGCCGCCACGGGCAAGGGUGCAGCCAAGGCGGAGAAGGCGAGGGAGGAGAAGGGGGAAGAGAAGGGGGAAGAGAAGGGGGAAGAGAAGGGGGAAGAGGAGACCAAGACAGAGGAUGAGGCGAGCGCGGCGGCACCUGAGCUUUCACCUGAGGAAGUUGCGGCUUUGGAGAAGGAAGUUGCUGAGAAGCGGCGGCAGCUGGAACAGCUGGUGCUAGAGCUCGACGCGAAGGUUAAGUACGCGCAGAAACAGGCUAGGGAGAAGCAGGUGCGGGAUAAGGAGGCAGGCGCGGCGGGGACAGACGGGGCUGUAAGAGAAGGCGCAGGCGGAGGGGGGGGAGGAGGAGGGGAAGGGGCGGGGCGCGGGGCUGCCCCUGCGGGUGCGGGUGCUGUUGGUGCGCCGUUGGCCAAUGGGAAUGCGUGGGGCGGGGGCGCGAGGAGAGGGGGGGACGCGUGGCGGAGCAACACGGUUGCGAGUGGGGAGGGCGCGGGCGCGGGCGCGGGCGCGAGCAGGGGGGACGCGUGGCGCGGCGGCAGCAGGAGCACUGCGGGGCCGGGCAGGGACGCGGGGGAGGCGCAAGGCAGGCCCGCGCAGCGGACGGGCGGGUGGUAG